AUCUAGCGCAUCACCUCAGGGUCAAACAUGCUGUAGGAAAGACGUACAGGUGCGACAUUUGUAAAAUGGGGUUUUCUAGUGAAGAAAGCUUACAGCUGCAUCGGAAGACACAUACAAGAGAACAUCCUUACCAGUGUGAUAUAUGUGGCAAGAAAUGUUCUUCGUCAAGUCACCUAAAGGAUCACCUGAGGACGCAUCAAGAAGAGAAGGCUAACAAUUCUGAUGUGGGGGAGCCACACAAGUGUGCUGUUUGUGGUAAGACGUUUCCAUACACUUCAAGCCUAAGGAUCCACUCUCGGAUUCAUACAGAAGAGAAGACACAUGAAUGUAAGGUGUGUGGUAAGAAGUUUGGAUGUUUGAGUCAUCUACAGAGACAUGGCAUCGUCCAUACAGAAAAAACACACAAGUGUGAUGUAUGUGGCAAGAUGUUUAAACAUUUAAAGUACCUACAGAAACAUCUAAUGAUUCAUCAAGAAAAUGUGUACAAAUGUGAUGUCUGUAACAAAAGGUUUAGAACAGCUCAAAAUUUAAGUGAUCAUCAAAGAACACAUAAACUGAGGUGUGAUGUUUGUAGUAAGACAUUUUUUAACAUGAGUGCCCUUCAGAUACACACCCGGAUACAUACAGGAGAGGCCACACAGGUUAAUGUCUGUGAUAAGGCGUUUGCACUCUCAGGAAACCUCAAAAGACAUAUGAAAGUGCAUACAGAAAAGUCACACAAUUGUGAUGAGUGUGGUAAGGCGUUUAGGCUGUUGAGUUCGCUACAUAGAAAUGCUAUCAUUCAUACAGAAAAAGGACACAAGUGUGAUUUCUGUGGUAGAACUUUCAAACACCAAGAAACCCUACAGAAACAUUUAAUGAUUCAUCAAGAAAAGGCGUACAAAUGUGAUGUCUGUAAAAAAAUGUUGAGAACAGCAGAAAGCUUAAGUAAUCACCAAAGGGCACAUAGAGAAGAGAAUCAACUGAGAUGUGAUGUUUGUGGUAAGAUAUUUUUUAACAUGAGUGCCCUUCAGAUACACACCCGGAUACAUCAGGAGAGGCCACACAGGUGUAAUGUCUGUGAUAAGGCGUUUGCACUCUCAGGAAACCUCAAAAGACAUAUGAAAGUGCAUACAGAAAAGUCACACAAUUGUGAUGAGUGUGGUAAGGCGUUUAGGCUGUUGAGUUCGCUACAUAGAAAUGCUAUCAUUCAUACAGAAAAAGGACACAAGUGUGAUUUCUGUGGUAGAACUUUCAAACACCAAGAAACCCUACAGAAACAUUUAAUGAUUCAUCAAGAAAAGGCGUACAAAUGUGAUGUCUGUAAAAAAAUGUUGAGAACAGCAGAAAGCUUAAGUAAUCACCAAAGGGCACAUAGAGAAGAGAAUCAACUGAGAUGUGAUGUUUGUGGUAAGAUAUUUUUUAAAAUGAGUGUCCUUCAGAAACAUAUCCGAAUACAUACAGGAGAGAAGCCACACAAGUGUAAUGUCUGUGAUAAGGCGUUUGCACAGUCGGGAAACCUCACGAAACAUAUGAGAGUGCAUAUAUAAUCAAUACAAUUGUGAUGUGUGGUAAGGCGUUUAGACUGUAGACAUGUUAAAAUUCACACAGAAAGCAUACCGGGAUCUGAUAAAAACAACAAGAUGACUCAUACCGGAAAGAAAACGAGGCCAUAUGACAAUCAUAGACCAUUAAGAUUCCAACUUACUAAAAAACGCAAUGGCGUGUAGUCGUUUGGUUAAACUAUAGUUUAUUCAGCAGUGUCAAACGUGACUACAUGUAAACAACGAGGAUUUUAAAACAAAAACUAGGUACUUAAAUCAUUCUUUGUGGUCAGUGGUCAGACGUCCAGGCUGUUUUGAUGAUUUAGUGAGGCCAUAUGCGAUGUUAGGACUCUGUGUCAGCAUUACUAAACACCGUCAUACUUUAUAUUGUAUUAAAAACAUUGUAUAAAUAAACAAAUUAUAACAAAACAAUGGUAAAGAUAUAGAACAAUAUCUGAUGCCCAAACAUUUCAAUUGGAUGACAACAGAAUUUAACAGUUGAUAGUCAAACAUCUCAAUUGGAUGACAACAGAAUUUAACAGUUGAUGGCCAAACAUACAUCUCAAUAGGACGACAACAGAAUUUAACAGUUGAUGGCCAAACAUCUCCAUUGGACGACAACAGAAUUUUAACAAUUCACACAGUUUACUCGAAAUCAAAUCAAUACAGAUAUGAUGUAUAUGAUGACAUUUUUAAGGAUAAAAUAUGUAUACUAUGUGUAUAGUGUUUUACUAAAUGAGACAUUGAACGAAACUUAGUCUAUCUUGGACACAUGGGACAUUUGUAUUGCAGGCAACUUAGACCAUGUCGUAUUUAUUUGACAAUGUCGACCAAUAUCGGUGACAUACUCCUACAUUGUAUACUGGUGAAUGGUUCUAGUAGAAUUAAACGUUUCAAACGACAUUUAUCCGGCAUCCCUGGAUAAAACGUCGUUUUAAUGUCCGUAAUUAGUAUAGUGUUUCUAAUCGCCUUUUGUCCGUCGUCGUCCGUCGUCCGUCGUCGUCCGUCGUCCGUCGUGCGUCCGUAAACUUUUUACAUUUUCGACUUCUUCUCCAAAACCACUUAACAAAAUUCAAUGAAA